GACAUCUGACCGAGCAGACUCCGAUCCAAAGACACGCUGUUUCCAGCUCCUGCAUCUGCUCUGCUUAUAGAAAUAGAACAUACAAAUCAGACUGACCUGCAAGCGAAAGAUGCUCGAAUAUCAGGAGUCCGGAGGGAAAGGUACAUCGGACCAUCGGAUUUCCUUUUCGAUUAUUGACAUAUUGGAUCCUACAAAGUUCACAAGUAAAAAGACAGACGUGUCGGAGAAAGAACGGACCUCAUCUUCAGAAAACACGGGAUUUGGAAGUUUGGAGGAAUCGCGCAAUGGGAAACACAGUGAUGGAGAAUGCGAAAGUACAGGAGAUCGAUCUGAUGACCGUCACGGCUGCGUCAGACUGCAUCCUCCUGAUCCAGAUGUUGACUUUGACUGCUCAUCCUCGCACAGAAGCUUGAAAUCGGGCUUUUCUCCUUGUGAAGAUCCGGAUGAAGCAGCUGAAGAGAGGAUGACUCCAGCGCCGGAUGAUGUGUCGCGUCAGCGGCGGCGCCGGUCAGAUCACAGCUGUGCAAAACCGCGGCGCGCCAGGACCGCCUUCACCUAUGAACAGCUGGUGGCUCUGGAAAACAAGUUCCGCGCCACGCGUUAUUUAUCCGUUUGCGAGCGACUGAAUCUCGCACUGUCUCUGAGCCUAACCGAAACCCAAGUCAAGAUUUGGUUCCAGAACCGAAGAACCAAGUGGAAAAAGCAGAACCCAGGUGUUGAGAGUUCCUUACAAGCUGGCACAAACUCUCUACCCAACAUCAGCCCCUCCUGCGGCUCCGCGUCUGCGCUCCACCCCCCGUUUAGCACCGGAAACAUGAUCUUUCAUUCUGGCCCGGUGCAUCUGGCAUCUUCUGCUGGACUCUUGCAUCCGUUUUUGACCGAUGGCUUUCUGCAGCCCGCAUUCUUCCCACCACACUUAUGAACUCUGCAUGGUGGAGGAAUGAUAAUAGACUGUGUGUAAAUGUGAACUUAUGAACAUGUGUUGAGUGAUCCUCAGUGGAAUGGGACUGGUCUUUCAUCAAGGGAUAGUUCACUCAAAAAAUGAACAUUUCACAUAUCAUUCUGAGUGAGUUCUGAGUUUCUUAUGUUGAACACAGAAACAAGAUAUUCUGAAGAAUGUUGGGGAAAAAGCAACCAUUGACAUCUGUAGUAGGAACAGAAAUACUAGUUUUAAUAUGCAUUAUUUGAAAAGCACUGUAAAACCCAAAAUGUUAUGGUAACUUAAACCAUUUGGGGAACUAGGUUGCAACAAACCAUUUAAGCUCAAAAACGAAUCCUAAUGAGUACUGUGAACUCAAUCUAUUUGAGUAAAUGAGGCAAAUAUAGCACAGUAAACGCAAAGAAAUAAGAGAACUCAAACCAAUUGAGUACUGUAAAAACCAAA